UAAUUAUUGUCAUAAAGUACUGUUAGCUCAGAGGGUGAUCCAAGGCCCAUUAGUCGGAUAUUUGUGUCCUUUGUACAUUUAAUAUUUCUCACCUGUGCACCCCUCAUACGUCUAAACUAACUCACCACCAUUCUAUAAGACUAACUUUACCCCUCAAUUCAUUCACAUUGUUGAAGAAUUUGCAUUUUACUCUCACUAUAGAUUUGCUCCAUUUUGGUAAAUUUAGCUGAUUGGUCAAGUGUUUUUAAGAGCAUACCAAAAACAGCCAACAUAAUAGAAGGCGUACCACUGAUGGGCCCGGUCAAAAAUGGCACCGGCGCUGACGUGCCACUGCUGGGGGAGAAAAGCUCUCCGACGAGAGAGAACCGGCGGGUGAUAUGGAGGACAGUGUUCAACGUGUCGACAAGUAUUAUUGGUGCUGGAAUCAUGUCGGUCCCUGCAACUAUGAAGGUCUUAGGUGUAAUUCCAGCAUUUUUGUUGAUUGUUCUGGUUGCUAUAUUAGUGGACAUAUCGGUUGAUUUCAUGUUAAGGUUCACGUAUGCCGGCCAGUCGACAACGUACGCUGGAUUGAUGAAAGAGAACUUCGGAAAGACAGGUUCUUUUGCAGUACAAAUUUGUGUCAUGAUCACUACUCUUGGUUGCUUGAUCAUGUACCUCAUUAUUAUUGGAGAUGUUCUUUCUGGACAAGGGGAACAUCUUGGCAUUCUUCAAGAAUGGUUUGGGAUUCACCGGUGGAAUUCGCGUAAUUUAUCAAUCCUGUUCAUUGUCUUGUUUGUUAUACUUCCUCUAGUCCUAUAUCGGCGUGUAGAAUCCUUGUGGUUUAGCUCAGCAAUUGCAGUUAUCCUUGCAAUUGUAUUUGUUGGUAUAUGUUCUGUAAUGGCAAUGCUUGCAAUUAUAAAAGGAGAAACAGUAAGGCCAAGAAUGCUACCGGAGUUAAAAAAUACUACUUCCUUCUUUAAUCUUUUCACCGUCAUCCCUGUUAUUGUAACAGCUUUUACAUUCCACUUCAACGUUCAUCCUAUUGGAAUUGAGCUGGGGAAACCUACAACUAUGACCACUGCUGUCAAAAUUUCACUAGCAUUUUGUGCAGCCAUCUAUUUUUCGAUUGGCAUUUUUGGAUACGUUUUGUUUGGAGAUUCAAUAAUGCCAGACAUACUUGUAAAUUUUGAUAAGUCGUUCAGCACUUCAGCAAUUAGUCCCAUUCUAAAUGAUGUGGUUCGUUUGAGCUAUGCGCUUCACCUGAUGCUGGUAUUUCCUCUCUUAAACUUCUCCCUCAGGGCAAAUAUCGACGAACUCAUCUUCCCUAAGCAACCAUAUUUGGCAACUAACAACAAACGAUUCGUGUGUCUUACAUUGAUCUUGUUAGCCUUGUCGUAUAUAGCUGCAAUUGUUAUACCAUCGAUAUGGUACAUUUUCCAGUUCUUGGGAUCAACUUCAAAUGUUUGCCUUGCCUUCAUAUUCCCAGGUGCAAUUGCUCUAAGAGAUGUCCAUGGUUUAUCUACAAGAAAAGACAAGAUCAUCGCGGUAGUCAUGAUUUUUCUAGCUGUUGUGACGAGCCUUAUAACUAUUGCUACCAACAUCUACAGUAUGACUAGAAAUAGCUCAUAAUUGGAAUUUUAACAUUUUAUAAUUGUAAAAUAGUUUGGCCGAUGACUUUGUGUGUAUUGUUGGUAAUAUUAGAUAGUUUCCAAGAUAUAUCUAUGUGAAUACAAAAUAUAGCUAAAUUCUCA